UAAAUCAGUCAAACAAAACAAUGAACCGGUAUCUCUCCGUAGUCUCCAUCCUCGUAUCGGUCGUCGGAUCCAUAAAUUCCGAAGGAAAUGGCCCGAAACCUGUACCGCAGACCCCAAAGUCAAUGGGGAAUGAGUCGCAUAUAGCCAAUACUAUUGGACCAAGUCUCGAGAGCAUCCAAUCCGGCAAUGACACUGAUAUGUAUUAUGAGCAACGUUCUUUUUUAUCGACGGAGUUUUAUAGCGAGUGCGAUGACGCAAACCGGACGUUAAAAAAUUGUGAAACUUCGACAUGGAACGAAACUGAUGAGGGUGAAAAAGUUAAUGAAUUGCUUGGAGGUGCUAAAGAGGAAGUUCGGAUAGAAAUAUCUUCAACCACCCUUCAGCCAGAGCCUCCUCCCAUCUCCACCACCAACUUACCACAGCAAGAUCAACUGACAUAUUUAUCAACGAUUCCUAACCUGGAUACACUACUGCAUCUUGAGACGUGGCCAAAGUUAAAAUCCGGUCCUGAACUAACGACCAUUGCUUCCAGCUUAAAUACCCCCAGAAAAAACGAGACUGUGGAGAAAUUACAUCAAGAGAUCCCAUGGCCAGUGAAAAAAGAAGCGAUCGUCGAAGGGGAUAUAAUCCUCGGAGGUCUGAUGAUGGUUCACGAAAGAGAGGACAGUAUAACUUGCGGUCCGGUUAUGCCACAGGGAGGAAUCCAGGCCCUGGAAGCGAUGUUAUUCACCCUAGACCAAGUGAAUACUUCCCCGAUGCCACUCUUGCCUAAUAUUACUAUUGGGGCACAUAUCCUUGAUGACUGUGACAAGGAUACGUACGGGUUAGAGAUGGCGGUUGAUUUUAUUAAAGGAAGCAUAAGUAAUAUUGACGGAGCUGAAUACCACUGCAAUAAAACUCAAGUAAGAAAAGUAAUUUCCGGUGUAGUGGGAGCUGCCUCGAGUGUCACCUCCAUUCAAGUCGCAAAUUUACUUAGGCUCUUUAAAAUACCUCAGGUGUCGUUUUUCUCUACAAGUCCCGAACUAAGUAACAAGCAACGUUUCGAAUAUUUUUCACGUACCAUACCAUCUGAUCAUCAUCAGGUCAAGGCCAUGGUGGACAUCGUUAUGUUGAUGGGGUGGAGUUACAUAUCAAUCAUCUAUGAGGAAUCUAAUUAUGGAAUUAAGGCCUUUGAAGUUCUGGAGGAUUUACUGGUGAAAAAUAAAAUAUGCAUCGCAGUCAAGGAAAAGCUGGUUAAAGAUUCAGGAGUGGGGAAUGUAUCAGUUUAUGAUAAUAUCGUCCAGAAGUUACAGACAAAACCGAGAGCAAAAGGUUGCAUUAUUUUUGGUUCGGAUCAAGAAGUGGCUGAACUAAUGAAAGCAGUACGUAGAUGCAAUGCAACAGGGUGGUUUUCCUGGAUAGGUUCCGAUGGGUGGAGUGCCAGAUCUCUGGUAUCAGAAGGAAACGAAGCAGAAGUAGAAGGAACCCUUUCAGUACAACCCCAGGCCAACCCCGUCAAAGGAUUUAAAGAAUAUUUUCUUUCCCUAAACGUAGAGAAUAACCCACGAAACCCUUGGUUUAUUGAAUUUUGGGAGCAUCACUUUUCUUGUCGCUACCCCAAUAGCUCGAUAACUCCUUACAACAUGAGAUACGAGAGAAACUGCACUGGAAAGGAAAAACUCACCGAAGAAAACACUGUAUUUGAAGACCAACUGCAAUUCGUAUCUGAUGCCGUGAUGGCUUUCGCCUAUGCCAUAAGGGAUCUUCAUUCGGAGUUUUGCAAGAAGCCUGGACUAUGUGAUGCUAUGAAACCCACGAAAGGAAGCGACCUGCUGAAGUAUUUGCAUAAAGUUAGCUUUACAGGUUUAAGCGGGGAUAGAUUUCACUUCGACGAAAAUGGAGACGGGCCUGCCCGCUACAACAUUAUCCAUUUCAAACAAGUUUCCCCAGGGAAGUAUCAGUGGGUGCGAGUGGGCGAAUAUUUAGAAGGAACUUUAGAACUUAAUAUGUCAGAAAUACAAUUUAAGUUGGGCCAACCAAAACCUCCAGAGUCUGUGUGCAGUCUACCGUGUGCUGUGGGACAAGCAAAGAAGUAUGUGGAGAAGGAGAGCUGUUGUUGGCAUUGUUUUAACUGCACUCAAUAUCAGAUUCGCUCUCCCUUCGAUGCAACCCAAUGCAUAGCGUGUCCAAUGGGUGAACUGCCAGACCAUCAACAUGUCCGUUGUAUACCAAUUCCAGAAGAAUACCUGCAACCGGAUAGCGGGUGGGCUAUUGGAGCUAUGGCAUUUAGCUCUACAGGGAUGCUCAUAACCCUCUUUGUAUUUGGAGUUUUUAUUAAGCACAAUACCACUCCUGUGGUAAGGGCAGCUGGACGGGAACUCAGCUACACCCUACUAGCUGGAAUAUUGAUGUGCUACAGUGUCACUUACGCUUUGGUUUUGAAACCGACGGACAUUGUGUGUGGGAUCCAACGGUUCGGCGCGGGCUUUUGUUUCACCGUGGUCUAUGCGGCUUUACUGACGAAAACCAAUCGGAUAUCCAGGAUUUUUAAGGCGAGCAAACAUUCGGCAAAAAGGCCCAAUUUCAUUUCGCCUCGUUCGCAGCUUAUUAUUUGUACGGGAUUGGUUGGGAUCCAGGUCUUGAUAAAUGGUGUAUGGAUGAUCAUCUCACCUCCAAGAGCCAUUUACCAUUAUCCAACAAGGGAGGACAACCUUCUAGUAUGUUCGUCCUACAUAGACGCGUCUUACAUGAUCGCGUUCACAUAUCCAAUCUUCUUAAUUGUAAUAUGUACCGUUUACGCCGUGCUUACCAGGAAAAUUCCUGAGGCGUUCAACGAAUCUAAACAUAUAGGUUUUACUAUGUAUACCACCUGCGUUAUAUGGUUAGCAUUCGUACCUUUAUAUUUUGGUACAGCCAAUCACGUAGCUUUAAGGAUAACUAGUAUGUCCGUUACCAUAAGCUUAUCAGCUACGGUAACCUUAGUUUGCUUAUUUUCGCCAAAGCUCUACAUAAUAUUGAUAAGACCAGAACGUAACGUAAGACAAAGCAUGAUGCCAAUGCGAUAUAGCGCAAUUAACAAAAACUCUGUCAACACCGGCCCCGGAAGCAUGAUGGCCGCUGUUGUAGUCACUGCGGCAACAUGCGACCAGAACCAAAAAAUCCAAAAAGCUGUCACUCCUGUUGAAAACCGAGAGUUGAUAAUGGAAAAAAUCCAAGCGAAAGACAACAGCACCCAAACUAGUCCGGCGAGCAGCAUCAACAAUUUAAACGGCUGCUCCGUAGAUCCGAUAGCAAAAAUCAACAAUAAUUGCAACAUAAAUGGACCAGUGCCCCAAGUGGUACCGCACCAGAUAAAAGAGCUGAAUUUAUAGCAUCAGCCUGUUAGUAGGUCUUCCAGUUUAAGGGCGAAAAGUAGGAACCCUAUACAGGUUUAAAGGGAUGGGUCCAGGAAUGAUGAGGAUUUAUUUGUUCUAACAAAUUUUUGCUAGAAAUAUUUUAAGAUUAGGUAUAUAGGUACUGAAUUAAUUUUAUAAAGUCACUACAGUUCAUUGUAUUCAACGAUUUUGUUUUGCCAUGUUAAUACUAAGUUUGAAAUUUAAGAAAUUAGUGCUUACUUGAAAAUGUGAUUUCCUUAUUUUGAAUCGAACAUUUUGUACUUAUAUUUUUCCAAGAUUCAAUUACCAACUAUAUUUUUUAACUUUGCAGAAAAAGCAAAUAAAUACAUGAUUCCAUUGUCACCUGAUAAACUUUAAUGAUAAGAACAUAAAUUAUUGAAAAUUUGAAUAUUUAAAGAUGUACAGGGUCGGCUCAUUAUACUGUGGGUCAAAAAAUGGCACCUAAAUAGAAAAGUAAAGAAAGACAGGCAUCUAAAAUUAUAUUCUCUCAAAUUUUACCUAUUAUACUUAUUCAGAGUGUCUUAAUUAUGGAUUUGUUAGUUUAUAUUAUUUUAAUUUAGUUGUGAGGAUAUUUUGAGGCAUUGGAUGUAGGAAGUGCUAAAUGAAUUAAUCACAAGUGCCACUUUUUUGCUAUUAAAGCAAUAAAAAUGUUAAGUUAGCAAAAUUGUUCAUUUUUUAACGAUCUAGCGCCGUUAAUUACAUCCUAGACAGAGCGGUCCAAAAUCCAACGUUUUAAUUACUUUUCCAACCGAUUUUAACCUUAAAUUCUCAAUCAAUUUUUCCAAAUUUAAAACUAUUUUUUUUUAACUUGCAGAACAAAGGGAACAAAUAAAUACAUACGACCCCUCGAUAAACUUUAGUACUAAGAACAAUAAAGUUUAUUAAAGGUAAAAGGCAGACAUCUUACAUAAUAUUUUGAAUAUUAUUUAUGUAUAUACAGAGUAUCUCAAAUUUUAUUUUUUUUAAGAAAAAAUUUAAAAAAGAUUUUUCUAUGGAAAUAAAUAUAAGUAAGAUGCUAAUACGCCCAUCUCUGUUAAGCAUAUGAUGUCCGUCAUAAAUUUACGUCU